AACAAACGCGGUAAAAAAAAUGGCCGUGUUUGAUUAAUUAUUCCAUGAAAACUGCUGAUAGUUUGUGUUGGAAAUUCCACUAUGUUUCUUUUCUCCCACUAAGAAUUUUACUUUAAUUUAUUGUAUAAAAGAAAGAGUCACAACACGAAUUCUGAAGUGGUAAAAUCAAGACUUUUGCAUCAGUGGAACCAACUUCAGAAGCAUAAAAGGUCAUCUUCUCUCUCCCUCUCCCUACUUUCUCUCUCUUUUGCCUCAAACUCCGAAUCUUCAGAUUUACAGAUUAAAGAAUCCUGUUAAAAAAUAAAAAGAUGUCAAGUGGAGCAACGCACUGGUGUUAUGCGUGCAGACAACCAAUUGUGCUUGAUGGGGGAGACACUCUCUGUCCUUACUGUGAUGGAGGUUUUGUACAAGAACUUGAUGAGUUGCGAGGAGCAGCACCUGCACCCCAGCAUUCAUAUUCUUCAUCACAGUCCGGAGAGUUUCAUCAAAUGCCUGACCUUUUUGAUGCUAUACAUGCUUUCAUGGGGCAAAGAGGUUCUGACCAGAGAUUCGGGCUUAUGGAUGCUGUUGAUAAUUUCAUGAGGCAUAGAAUGGCUGGAAGAAACUCAAACUUUGAUGUUAGAGCAAGGUCGGGUUCUUUCCCAGCUCCUGAACAGAGUUGGGGUGUUUUCAGUUCUGGUCCUUAUUUAAUAUUUCAUGGUCAAGUUCCUGGAUUCUCCUUGGCCACUGGCAGCCCAAGAGGUGGUCCUAGGCGUGUUGAUUUUGGUGAUUACUUUAUGGGUCCUGGACUGGAAGAACUCAUUGAGCAACUCACCAUGAAUGACAGGCGAGGUCCACCACCGGCAGCACGUUCUUCGAUCGAUGCUAUGCCUACUAUUAGGAUAACACAGGCACAUCUUCGCUUGGAUUCACACUGUCCAGUUUGUAAAGAUAAAUUUGAACUAGGCACUGAAGCCAGAGAGAUGCCAUGCAACCAUAUCUACCAUUCUGACUGCAUUGUUCCUUGGUUGGUUCAGCAUAACUCGUGUCCUGUUUGCCGUGUUGAGUUGCCACCUCAAGGACAGGUUAGUUCCCGCAGUGCUCGAAGUUUUGGAGGAAGGAAUGCCAGCACCAGCAGUGGCACUGACAGCAGCUCCAGGAGCAGGGAGAACAGCAGCCCUCAGAACCAUGGAAGGAGAAACCCCUUAUCAUUUUUAUGGCCAUUUCGCUCCUCUUCUAGCUCAAACAAUAGUCAUUAUUCUGAGACUGGUGGAAGCAGCUCUUCAACCACUCCUGAUCAGAAUAAUGGAACGAGUUAUAGUGGAUGGCCUUUUGAUCACUAGAAGUCAACCGUUUCUUCUCAUGGAUAAGUAUAAUUUCCUGUCUAAUAAUGCUUGUAAUUUAAAUUGCCAAGAGUUUAUCAAGAUUGUUUUUCAAACUUAAGCUUAUGUAAGGAAGAUAAGAUAGAGGCUUCUUAAAAUCUUUGUACAUGAAAUUGUCUGUUCAGUUGAAUCUCUUUGAAACUUCAACGUUUCAUCUGUCAUUAUGCAGUUUGAUUGUUUCUUUCUGC